AUGUUCCCCCCAUACCCCUCAAUGUUCCCCCCAUACCCCUCAAUGUUCCCCCCAUACCCCUCAGUGUUCCCCCCAUACCCCUCAAUGUUCCCCCCAUACCCCUCAAUGUUCCCCCCAUACCCCUCAGUGUUCCCCUCAUAUCCCUCAAUGAUCCUCCCAUACCCCUCACUUCCCCCCCAUGGGCCAUACCCCUCAUUUCCCCCCCAUGGGCCAUACCCCUCAUUUUCCCCCCAUACAUUACAUAUCCCUCUAUACCCCUCGAUGAUCCCCCCAUACCCCUCAGUGUUCCCCUCAUACCCCUCAAACUCCCCCCAUACUCCUCAAUCUCCCCCCAUACUCCUCAAUCUUCCGCCGCCUCAACCGGGGCAUCUUUGGCAUGCCAUCAAGCCCUUCCCCUUCCCCUCCCCUCAAGCCCCCCGUUCCUCCCCCUCCCAUGCACUCCCCCCGCCUUCCCCCCGCCCCCCGCUUCCCCCCUAUUCUCCCCGCGCAGGCCUCAACCACGGCCUCAACCGCGGUAUCUUUGGCAUGCCAUCCGCCAAGCGGGCUGAUCUGCACGCAAUAAUUGAGUGCCUGGAGGAAUUGAACCCGCGACCUGCCCCCACUGAGCACAUAGAUGAGAUCACGGGAGAGUGGCGGCUGCUAUACAGCACCAUCGCCAUCCUCGGAUCCAAACGCACCAAGCUGGGCCUGAGGGACUUCAUUUCUCUGGGGGACUUUCUUCAGAUUGUUGACAAGGAUACGAGGCGAGCAGCCAACGUGGUGGAGUUUGCAGUGAGGGGCCUGGGGCUGCUGUCAGGGAAACUCACCAUCGAAGCCACCUAUACCAUCGCGUCUCCCACACGGGUGGACAUCAAAUUCGAGAGCUCCAGCAUCGUACCCGACCAGCUGAACAAGCUGUUUGAGAAGAACUAUGACCUGCUUCUGCGGAUUUUCAACCCGGAUGGAUGGCUCGAAAUAACGUAUGUGGAUGACACUCUGCGUAUAGGGCGUGACGAUAAGGGGAAUAUCUUCGUGGUGGAAAGGCAACCUCCCAAAUAA